UAUGGUGGGGUAGGGGGCAGAGGGGAGAAGCAGCGACUGGCCAAGCAGGAGAUCUAUUUUGGGGAGGUUUAUUUCAGGAUAUGAACUGUGGAUCUGCUCAACAGUGGUUCCUAACUUCCUACAUGUGUGUACACGAGUCAGCCACAGGGUUCAGUAGCGUGGGUGUAUGUUCUGAAUUGUCGUUUUGUGCGGUUUGGGUUUUGCUGCACCUCGUGAAGGACAUCGAUUGUGUGCAUGGAGCAGCAGUGAUGGAGCUGAUGAGGGGAGUGAGGACACAUCUGUCAGAGCUUGUGGGUGCCUUUGGUGGCCAAGACCUUGCACCUAUGAGUCUUGGGCUGAGCCAUUCUCUAUCGCGGUACAGGUUGAAGUUCAGCCCAGACAAGGUGGACACGAUGAUUGUUCAGGCAAUUGGGUUGUUGGACGAGCUUGACAAAGAGCUGAACACAUACGCAAUGCGGGUGAGGGAAUGGUAUGGAUGGUACUUUCCCGAACUGACGAGAAUAAUUACGGAUAACAUUGAGUAUGCCAAGGCCAUCAAGCUUAUUGGCACAAGGGACAAUGCCGCAUCGCUGGACUUCUCAGGGGUUAUUGCACUUGCGGACUACCGGGCGCAGCUGUUUGAGUACCUUCGCAGUCGAAUGAGUGCUAUCGCACCGAAUUUGACGAUUCUUGUGGGGGAGCUGGUGGGGGCGAGGUUGAUUGCGCAUGCAGGGAGCUUGACAGGUCUUGCUAAAUAUCCAGCAAGUACAGUUCAAAUUUUAGGUGCAGAGAAGGCAUUAUUCCGAGCGCUGAAGACGAAGCAUGAGACGCCCAAAUAUGGGUUGACUUAUCAUGCGUCUUUGGUGGGGCAGGCAGCUCCCAAGUGCAAAGGGAAAAUUUCAAGAGUUCUUGCUGCAAAAUGUGCACUUUCUGCAAGGGUGGAUGCUUUUGGAGAGUCUGAAGAAGGGGCGAUCGGCUUUGACAGCAGGUUAAAGGUCGAAGCAAGGGUUCGGCAAUGUGAGGGCAAGGCACUGGGUAAGAUAUCUGGAGCUGGAAAAGGAAAGGCAAAGCUGGAGUCCUACAACAAGGAUAGGAAGGCUGAUGCGCCAGCAAUUCUGACAGAUGCUAAGACAAGGCAGACCUACAAUGUUACAGCUGACAUCAAGGUUCCAAGGACUGAGGAGAGAAAGCGAAAGAAGGGUGAAGAGGGGUCUAAUAAGCAAAGGGGUGUUGAGUCUGUUGACAUGGUGGAAGAGGAGGAGCCCCCAAAGAAGAAGAGAAGGAAGGGAGCAGACGGUGGUGAGAACGAGAAGAAGAAGGAAAAGAAGAAAUUUGGUGAGGGAGACAGAGCUGAGGUGGGGAGCAAGGAGGCGGCAGUUGAUGAGAUGGACGAGGAAGAAUGUGGUGUGGAAAAAGAGAGGAAAAUGAGGAGGAAGAAGGAUUUGCCAGACGAAGUGGGCGGAACGGUUGUGCGUAGUGAAGAUGUUGUGAAAGAGAAAACGGCUGUUGAUGACAUUGAGGGUGAUGAGGGUGGUGUGAAGAAGAAGAAGAAGAAGAAGAAGAAGAAGAAGAAGAAGAAGAAGAAGGAGGAGGAAAAGGAGGAGGAAAAGAAGACGACAAGGGUUUUACCAGGCGAAGCGGAGGAAGCGAUUAUGGGUAGUGUAGGUGAUGAUGUGAGUGCUGAAACGACCCGGGAGGUGACCGAUAAGAGCAAAGGAUCAAGGAAGAGGAGUUCACCAGCGGUUGAAGAGAUGGAGGAAGCAGCUAAGAAGCAGAAGAAGAAAAAGAGGAAGAACAAGACCGUGACGGAAAAGGAAGAGGAGGACCAGGAAGAAAAGAGCUGAAGAUAUGGUACAGCUAAAGAUGA